AUGACGACAACAGCACUGCAGGUCGCUGGAGAAGUGCCAUCACCAUCGUCCAAGACGCUUCAUGCCGGCGGGCCUUGGAACAAUGCGCCGUUGUACGGCAAUGGCAUCUUGGAAGCCAACGCCACCAACGAACGCUCGAACGGCGACCUCGUUGUGCCCAGCUUUUCGCUCGCCGAUGCCUUUGGCAUCCUGCUCUGCAUUCUCAUUGCGCCGCUGGGUGUUCCGCUGUACUUGGUCUUUUUCGUGUACUUGCUGCCAGUGUUCACCCUCCUCCGUCUCUACCUCGCGUGUCUACCAGCGCCGACGAUGCGAAUUUCGCGCCACUGCGGCUUCCAGCUCACGUCGCUCGUGCUCUUCCUCUUGACGCUGCCGCUGUUGCUGCUUACUGCCCUCUAUCUCACUAUGAGCUUGGUCGUGAUCGCGCUACCGGGUAGCAUUCUCUACGGCUUUAUCACGUGCAACAUUCGCCACUUUUGCCGCAACAUGACGGUGCUCAAGGACCACCGGCGCCUCGGCCAUUGGUCUUGGAACGACAUUGUCGUUGUCGUGCUCGGUGAAGUGCACCGCCAAGGUGUUUGGAAGCUUGCGCUGGUCUUUCCGUGCGUGUGCCUCGUCGUACCGCUUCUCAAGUACGUCUUUGUCGUCAACCCCUUCCUCUUCCCGCUCAAAGAAACGUUCACGAACCAGUGGACUGAGGCCAUGCCCAUGACAGAUGCGACCAUUGUGUCGUCGAUCGUAAAGAGCGUCACAUGGUCGGUGGUCGACAGAUCGACGCGCGAAGAGAUUCGCAACGACUACUUCUCGGCCAACUACCCGUUGCCGGAAAAGAAGGAUGACGUUGUCGUCGGCAUCCAAGUCAUGUCGAUCGUCAACUUGACCAACUCGAUCCACAACGUCGAGAACAAGCUCGUUCGCAGCACUACAGCCAAGCGCGGUCUCUUCCGUGUCCCCCUGUACUUGUACAACCCGUUCCAUAUCAUGACGGGGUACGUUGAGGUGAACCUCCAAUUCGGCUUUGCGCUCGAGCACCCAAUGUGGUGCAUCACCGGCACCAACUACUUGGGCAACCAGUUUUACAAGAAUGCCAACGCACUCUUUUGGAACUAUGCGCCGCAAAUCGCUUACGACCUCAAGAAAGACCCGCUCAACGCCUAG